AUGUCGUACUGCAGAAAAGAAGAGAAAGACUAUAUAAUAUUUACUACUACUGAGGAGCUAACGUCACCCAGCCAAAUAGAGAAAGUUUCUCCUGAUACUGAAGAUAUUGAUGGAAUUAUUACGCCAGAAGGUGACAUCAAUUGGGAUUGUCCAUGCCUAAAUGGAAUGGCUGAUGGUCCAUGUGCUGAAACAUUCAAGAGUGCUUUUACAUGUUUCUUCUACAGUGAAGCAGAUCCAAAGGGAUCAGAUUGUAUUGAACAGUUCAAAUUGUUUAGCCAAUGCACCAUAGAAUCUUCAGAUUCAAGCAACUUGGAACACAAUAAAGCUAAUGAUGAUGUUAAGUAA